UCGAAAGAUACCGGGUGUCUUUCGUUCUUUGCAGGCGCAUUACGCGUGAAUAUUAUCGUGGAUGGAUGGAUGGGAAAAUUAAUAUUUGUUCACCGUUGUUGUGCGUCGGUUCGAUGACGAGACACGAGAACCACUGGGAAAAUGUGAACGUAUGGACACCCGACGUUGUCUGUCCGACUCGACUUGGUGUUCAGUGUCGUCAGUUCGAUCCGGUCAGUGGGCCAUUCAGCAUGAACAACGAGCGCAAGGAUAACGGAUCCGUUUACUCGGUCGGAAGCCAGAACCACCUGGUGCCGAUAAGAUCCAGGAAAGCUUGUUUCAAGAGGCGGACUCAGCUGUCCAAUCUGUUGCUGAUAAUCUUGUUUCUUCUGGUGGCUUCCUUAUUCGUAACAGUUGUGGUACUCGCAGUACUUUAUGCGCGCAGUGGAAUGAUGAAGAUAUGCGACAGUGAGGAUUGCGUUCGAGUAGCGGCUAGUUUGAAGGAAUCUAUGGAUACCUCUGUAGAUCCUUGCGACGAUUUUUAUCAAUAUACAUGUGGCAGAUGGUCGCAGGAACAUCCUAUUCCGGAUAGCAAGCUGACGAAUAACUGGUUCAACGAGCUGUACACUCACAUUAUUAGGGAGAUCAGGGAUCUGUUGAAAGUUAAUAUAUCCGCUAGUGAAGUACCCCGGUCGGUGAUGCAGGCCAAGACGCUAUUCACCAGCUGCAUGGACGUGCAUGCAAUGGAUGAACUCGGUUUGUUCCCACUGUUUGAUUUAUUGGAAUCAUUAAAUUUACCCAUGAUACCAGCGGCUCUUACUAAUAAGACGACUAAUUACAUCGAACAAAUUGCCAACGUAAAGAGAAAUAUAGGUCGCGAUAUUUUUUUCGGUACGGACAUCAUGCAGGAUCCAAGAAACAACAGCAGAUAUAUGAUUGUUUUUGAUGUUCCAAUUCACUCUAGUCCUUUUCUGAGCAAUAAAGACUUAGAAAAGCGAAUGCAAACCAUCAGAUCGCGAUUGCAAAAGCUGGAAGAAGAUUUGGAUGAAGAAGACACAGAUGAAGACACGUUGGAUGAGCACGAAGAUGCCGAAUUGACUUACAUGACAGACGUUGUGAAGCAUGUCGUUAGCAAUGGUACUAUUGACGCUUGCACUUCGGAGGACGAAUAUAACAUAUCCGAGAAACAAUUGAAAGAAUGCAUUGAGACGCUAUACGAAAUUAGCAGUAUCUUCUAUUAUAUGGCUCGUACCGAUCAAAAUCAAAGCAUUGUCGAAGAAGACUUGAGUGAUGACAAUUACAUGUAUGUGGACGAGCUGCAAAAAUUGACUGAUGAAUAUGUGACAGAUGUUAAUUCAUCUCUCACCCCUAAACUGAUUUGGCGGCCCUUUAUCGAGUCUCUUCUCGAGAAUUUCGUCACGUUAGACCUUGACAACAAAGACAAGAUACUUGUCUGUAAUUUGGAUUACUUAAAAGACGCGGCGCUGAUACUCUCUUCUUAUGAGGAGGAAGAUCUAGAAAGUUACAUUUGGUGGGUUGUCGUGGACAUGGUGGUGCCUGUUUCUUCCAAAAAACUCAGGGAAACUUGGAAUGUGUAUGUCAAUAAAAUAUUGCAGGUGGAAAUACGUGAACCCAGAUCUUUGGAAUGCGCAUCAGACGUUAAUGAAAUGAUGGGGAUGGCAGUAUCGUGGCUGUUCGUUGAUCAAAAAUUUCAUAAUAAUAAGGCUUAUAAAGUGAUGGAGAUGUUGGAGGACAUAAAAGAGGCAUUUGCCUCAUUGGUCUUGAAAACGGACUGGAUGGAUCAAUCGACGAAAACGGCGACGCUCCAAAAGAGCCAGAAGAUGGGCUCCGAGAUCGGAUUUCCCGAAUGGCUCUUCAAUGAAAAUAAGCUCGACGAGUAUUAUAAAAACAUAAAAGUUAUAGAUCUGUCAGAAACGAAAUACUUGGACAAUAUGAUGCAAAUCCUUCGAGUAGUAUUGAAUACUACGUGGUCGUGUCUGCAUGACGAUAAUUUGAGUAAUAAGUCUCAAUGGGUAAGCCAUCCUACCGAUGUAAACGCCUUCCACAGUUUUCAUGCCAAUCAAAUAACUGUACCUGUCGGAAUUCUCAAAUUCCCAUUCUAUGAUUUGGGUCUCGAGGCUUUGAAUUAUGGCGCAAUUGGCUCGGUAAUUGGACAUGAAUUAACACACGGAUUUGAUAACAGCGGCCGUCACUAUGAUAGCGAUGGAAAUCUUCGACAAUGGUGGACCAAUGAGACCAUCUCCGAGUAUAAAGAGAAAACCAAAUGCUUUAUAAAUCAUUACAGUACUUAUUACGAAAGUGAGAUUGACGGCUACAUUGAUGGCGAGCUAACUUUAGAUGAGAACAUCGCCGAUAAUGGAGGCCUUAGUGAGGCCUUUGUCGCUUACGAGAGGUGGAAGACCCGGCAUGGUCAAGAGCUUCUACUUCCAGGAUUUACGGAGUUUACGCAUGAACAGUUACUCUUUCUUUCCUAUGCACACUUGUGGUGCGAGUCUUAUAUUUCGACAGCACUGAAAUGGAUGCUGGAAGAUUCUCAUUCUCCUAACCAUGUACGGGUUCAAGGAGUAUUAAAAAAUUCUAAGGAAUUUAGUACCACGUGGAAUUGCCCCGUAGGAUCAAACAUGAAUCCAGCAAAGAAGUGUCAUCUGUGGUAGCAGCUGCAAUUUUAAUUAACAAAAGACAAUUUGGUGCUUCGCUAUUUAAUAUUGUUGAUCAAAUGUUUAUCAUUUGGAGAUUAAAAGUCUAUUAUAUAGAGGCUGUAAAGCUCAUAUGCAAAACGAUGGAAAUCUAGGUAUUAUUUAUUGUAAUCAAUUUUAUAAAAUAAUAAUAUGUUAAUUUAAAAGAAUAAUCAUAGCUUUUGCAUGUGAGCCGCAGCCGCUUCAUUAUUGUUAUCUGAUCGUUAUACGGAUGCAACAAUCAUUCUCGUUUCUGUGUAAUUUUUUUGCACUGAUACGUUGAAAGCACUUGUCAUUGGGGAAUCAAAGAGUUCAAUAAUGGUCCAAUAAUGUUUGUAAUAAACGAAUUUUAUUUAAGUAAAAAAAAUAUUAUCUAAAUUCUAUAAUAAUUCUUUUUUCUGAUAAGCUUAAUAGGCUUCUGACCUUCAAAUGCCUAAAAGAAAUCGUAUAAAUCUUGUUGUGGUCGUUUAAAUUCUAUCAAAUUUAAAAUUACAUUAUAAUAUGCUACAAGUAUUUUAAGUUAUCAAGUAAUCUAGGUCUAUCUUUUUCACGUCG